AUGGGUGGUGCAUUAUCUUCAGCAGACGAUAUUAGCGAGUUAAGUUCUGAUAGUUUAAACAAUACAAAACAGAAUACAAAGUUGAAUAAAAAGGGAAAGAAUGCAUCGUCAACAGAUGCCGGUGAUGAUGGAAAGCCGAAAAUUUUACCUUUGGAAGAAUAUGCUGCCCAACUAAAAAGAAUGACAAGUGAAAUAGACUCGAUAGAUGAGGAUUCAGACGGUGGAGAAGGGUAUUAUUCUGGUGAAGACAAACAAGACAUUUUAAGUGAUGGUGAUCACCAUGAUUGUGGCUACGAUCAAAAUGAUGAUGAUGAUAUUCAGUCGUUUAUUUUACCGUAUUCAAGCCGCCUUCAAUUGGCGAUUUCUUAUAGUGAUGCUGACCAAGAAAUGCAAGUGAAUGUCAUCCGAGCGAAUGAUAUCCCAGGAGCCGAUUCUGGUGGACCUCCAGCCUAUCAGAUUUAUUUGUGCGUAUUACCGGAUAGUGAACGCCAAUGGAAGAGUAAGCUACGGACGGCUCCAAAUCCUGAAUUUUUAGAACAAUGGACGUUUAAUAUCCCUUUGAUCUCGAUACAUCAAUCAACACUGCUUUGUACAAUCAUUGGACAUUAUGGAGUCGGUAAAGAAUUCCCCUACGGUAACGCCAUUUUGCCAAUGGAAAAGUUAAAUUUAAACACAGAAAAUGUUCUCACACUGCAUUUUGAACCGAAAUAUGUGCAUGCAGCAUAUCUGACUCCUUUAUCAUCAACGAAAUUACAAAAAGAAACAAAUGAUUCAGAAGCACCUCAGAAUCUACAAAUCAUACCUGUCGACAGACCCACACUUUGUCCUGAGAAUGAAAAUAUUACUGCUUUAAACGUGCAGCUGCCAAAAGUUCUACUCUCCCUCCGAUUGAAUCCAGACACUGGUCGGCUAGAAUGCUGUCUACAACAAAUAACACUCGUGGAUUUACGGGUUGGAAAUCGAAUACCGAAGCGAAGUAUUUUUGUCAAAAUUGUAAUUCGUACUGAGGAGGAGGGAAAGUUGGCUAAAACUCACAGUGGAUAUCAUGAAAGACAGUCAACAAUUCACAUGAAUGAAACAUUGCCUUUGCUAUAA